ACAUUUUACGUCAUUUCCCGGAAGUGAAAUUGCCCCAACACGGAAGAGAAGGAAAGAAAAACAAAUAACCGUUUAAAAUUCCAGUCAGAAGUCGGUAAAAACACAUUUGCCGACGAAUAUCUUCUGAAUUACCCCCUGUCCACGACACCUGUCAUACAAGAUGGAGUUUCUGUUUGGAAAGAGAAAGACCCCUGAAGAGAUGUUGAGGCAAAACCAGAGGGCUCUCAAUAAAGCAAUGAGAGAGUUGGACAGAGAAAAAGCCAAACUGGAACAACAGGAAAAGAAGAUCAUUGCUGACAUAAAGAAAAUGGCAAAACAAGGACAAAUGGAUGCAGUGAAAAUAAUGGCAAAAGACUUGGUUCGGACAAGACGUUACAUUAAGAAGUUUAUUAUGAUGAAGGCCAACAUUCAAGCAGUCAGCCUAAAGAUUCAGACACUUAAGUCCAACAACAGCAUGGCUCAGGCUAUGAAAGGAGUCACCAAAGCUAUGGCAACAAUGAACCGACAGCUGAAACUUCCUCAAAUCCAGAAGAUAAUGAUGGAGUUUGAAAAACAGAGUGAAAUUAUGGAUAUGAAAGAGGAGAUGAUGAACGAUGCCAUUGAUGAUGCCAUGGGAGAUGAGGAUGAUGAGGAGGAGAGUGACGCUAUUGUAUCACAAGUGUUGGAUGAACUGGGCCUUAAUCUGACUGAUGAGUUGUCAAACCUGCCAUCUACUGGUGGAAGCCUGUCAGUGGCUGGAAAGAAAGCAGAGCCCCAAGCUGCCCUGGCUGAUGCAGAUGCUGAUUUGGAAGAGCGCUUGAACAACCUAAGAAAAGAUUAAAAACUGUAAAGAGCACUUUUGUGAAGGUGGUAAAACAGAUGCAGUGUAAACAAUUGCAAGUUGUUUUGAAGGGAUGGCUUGUAUAUGUACCUCAGUAUUGGAGGUAAAUGGCUUUCUUUUUGUUUUUUGUUGGUGUGAUUGUUUAUGAAAACAAUCUAGCAAAGUCAUAGAUAUAUAUCAUUGACAGCCAAAAAAUGUUUGUGUUAAUACUAACAGUCAUAGGCAUGUAUAUAUAUACACUACAAACCAUGAAGAUAUUUAAUUGCUUGGGUCUUAGAACUGAGAAAUUUCAAUUCAUUAUUCACACUCCCAUUUAUUUCAUUAGAUCAUUUGUAGCUGUUGUCAAAGCCAUCACAUGAAGAGGGCUUCUAUAAAUAUAUAUAUAUUCAAAUGUUUGGCAUGGCAAAGGAACACGAAGUUAAGUCUGAAAUGUUUUGAUGUUUCCUAACCAAAUGGCUACGGGUGGGGUCUUUUUUAAACUGUUUGAUUUUGUUUUCUUUAUUCAAUAAAAUUUUCCAACCAGA